AUGCGAGAUGAAGGAUGGGCAUGGAGCGAAAGAAGCUUGAAUUCUAGAAGACGCACUUGCUUCACUCUGUUCGCAUUAGGAAAAGCAGAACUCACGUUUGGGUGACAUUUCAAGCAAAAUGAAACCGUUUUUUUUCUGUUCAGUAAACAGAACUCGACGUCGCACUAUUUUCAUUUUGCGAUUUGAUGCGCAGCAAGUAUGUAGCUGUGGUUACACAUUCGUGGCUUCCGAAAUGAUAAAAAAAUAUGGGGCCACGCCUCACACUGGGGCCGGCAGGGACGUGGCGCGCUAGCGCGUUCCGCGGUGAGGACGGCGAUCAACGCUGCUGCCGGGCCUGCGGGAAAGUAGGCCAACCCCGGCCCCGCUACCAGGGGCCCUGUGUGGGCGCCGUUCUUUUUGUUUCUCGGAGCGCGGGGGCUCUUGCCAUUAUCGCAGGGCGCCUUGCAUUGGCGGCGCGCGCGGUGCGCGGAAUUCGUUUCAAAAAGCGGAAUUCGAUCGAGCGAGGGCUGGCUACAGGGGCGAGCGGUCAUGUCAGUCGUAUUAAUCCUCUAGCAAGCGCAAGCAGAGCGCCCCGCGCCCCCUUUGGUUUCCCGCCGCCCGUGGCGUGGCUGCGCCGCCUGAACGCCAGCCGGCCGACUGGCCCCAAUUGCCGCCCCAGGUUCCUGCGGGUCCCCCUCCCCGAAGGCGGCCCCAGCUCCCUUUGGGCCCCCCUGGGCAGUGUGUGGCGCACCCGCGUCGCCCCUGUUAAUGUUGUCGCGAUUUCUACCGCAGCGUCUUGCCCGUGGUGCGCGGGCCGGCAGCGUAUGUGGCGCUGGGCUGCCGUCGUGCCCAUCGCCCACGGUGGCAGAGUAGCCCGCGGCCCAGUGGUGUUGUGCCCGUCGCCCACCUAGCUGCGCUGUGCCUGUUUUGAUACCCGACCUUCUGCGCAGUAUCGACUGACCGUUUUAAAGGUAAGGCACAGGAAAUCGUCGCUCCGCAGUGGAAGUGGUUGAUAUGACGAGUGUCAGUUCUUUUAUGUUCACGGUGGCUGCCGCCCUCUAGCUACUAGGAUAGGCGAAAGGUUAGCAGGCAAUAGAGUUGUGGUUUCGCAAAUCGUGCCCUGCCUGUGUUCGGUGGUGUUUUGAAACAAAAUCAUACAACGCACAACUCCCGACUUCGGUUCUCUCACGAGG